AGCAUACCCAACGUAAGCAUAUGACAAAAAAACUCCUAAUAAUCGAUCCGUGGAUGGAUAGAUUGCCUAAACAGCCCAGCCCCCAUUAAAACUGUGGCUUAUCUUCUCUUUCUCCCAUUGAUAUUAUGAUCUGAUCUGAUAUCCAUCCACUGCAGAACCUAUCCUGCCCUGCUUUUUAAUAUUCCAAAACAAUUUCUUUUCCAUUCCCGCCAAAAUCAAAUGCUUUCUUUUUCUCUGCUGCAAAUCCCACACCAUCUACCUCUACCUCCCUUGACCGAACUCCCACACCAUACUUAUCCACUCUCCAAAACCCUUCAUUUCUCUCCAAAACAACGGCUUCCUCGACAAUUUCUCUCCAAAAAACUUUGUGGGUUUCUUUCAAUUUCGAAUUCUUCAGUCUCUCCUUCGCCAGAAGAUGGUUUUGAGGUGGAGUUGGGUCGCCUUUUGGCCUUAUUACCCCAAGAAAUGAGAAGAAGAGUUAGUGAACACCCGGAGCUUCUUGACUUGGUUGAGGUGGUUAUGGAUUUGGGUAGGAAGCCACUAGCGAGAUUUCCAUCUGGGGACUUUGUUCUAUCUGAUUGCCCCAUCACUCUUCAGGAUCUCCAACAUGCUACUUCACAGGUUGGUGACUUUGCUAUUGACAAUCGAGCAGGCAUCAGCCAGACAUUGCAUCGCAUUAGUGCCAUAAGAAAUCGAGAGGGCCAAAUCAUUGGUCUUACUUGUCGUGUUGGUCGGGCAAUACCAGGUAGUGCUAGUUUGCUGAGAGAUUUAGUUCACGAUGGUGCUUCCUUUUUGUUUAUUGGUCCUCCAGGGGUGGGAAAGACUACAAUUAUCAGGGAAAUCGCUCGAAUGCUUGCAAAUGAUUACAAGAAACGAGUGAUGAUUGUUGAUACAUCCAAUGAGAUAGGAGGCGAUGGUGAUAUACCUCAUGCAGGAAUAGGCAAUGCUCGACGGAUGCAAGUUCCUGAUUUAGAUAUGCAACAUAAGGUAUUAAUAGAGGCAGUUGAAAAUCAUAUGCCACAAGUGAUUGUGAUAGAUGAAAUUGGGACAAAACUUGAAGCAAUGGCUGCAAGUACAAUUGCACAGCGUGGGAUUCAGCUAGUAGCCACCGCUCAUGGAAUCACAAUAGAGAAUUUGAUAAUGAAUCCUUCUCUAGAGAUGAUUGUUGGAGGAUUACAGGUAACAUUAUUUUCUUCAAUGAAAGAUGAGUAAUUGGUUUGUGUAUUUGCCAUACUAUAUGUCAAGGGCUCUAACUUUUAUGUUGUAAUCUAUGAAGUGUGCAAACUGUCAUAUGCUAAUAGUUCCUAAUGCUAUUGGGUGUUGAUUGUGAAAAUUUUGAAAUAAAAUGAGCUACAAUGGUGUUACUGU